AUUGGGAUGAAGAGAACCUGGUUGAAAAUAAUUUACACGGAAAUGAAUUCGAAAAAGGAUAUAAUAAGGUGAAAUUGCCCUAUGAAAAAGAAAACACUCGUAACCGACAGCACACAAGCCACAAAAAAAACAUAUUAUUAGAAGGUGAAUACAAUAGUGAAGAAACUACUGAUGACCUCAAGAUAUCUGAAAAAAUUAUACAAGUAGAAAGAAUAUCUAAAGUUAAUAGUCGGCGAAAUGAUAAUAAAAGGAAAAAUAUAUUAAAAGAUAAUAAAAUUAAAAGUGAAGAAAGUGGUAAUGACUCCGAAAUUUCACAAGAGAUGGAAAAUUUGUCUUACUUCGAAGAAAAUAGUCAUGUCCUGCCCAAAAAUACACUUGAAUUCAAUAGCAAUCAGCUGACUGGCAAUUCUCACAAAUCAGAUGACUCUGAUGUCGAACAAGAGUUAGAAGAAACUCAAGUCUCAGAUUCUGAGCAUAGUGAAGAUAAAAGAAACGAGAGUUUAUAUGAAGCACAAGCUAAAUCAAAGCCAGCGAUUAUGAAAAUCACGAUAACUACGGAUGUUACGCUAAAAGAUGAACACUACAAACUUUUGGCUGAAGUAUAUGAGGCGAAUAGGUGUCUUUGGGAUGAAGAGGAUAUCGCAUAUCGGUUUAGGAAUAGGCGCGAGGAAGCAUUAAAAUCUGUACACAAGGAAUUCACUGAAAAAUCUGGGCUAAACUUGACCUUAGAGGAUUUGGAAAGUCAAAUUGUGCGGCUGCGUAGAUCUUGUUCGAUUGAAAAGAGAAAAAAAAUUCAUUGCAAAAGAGACAAGUUAAAGUUCAUACCCAACUGUCCAUAUUAUCAGCAGAUAGCCUAUCUCGAGGUUGACGUACCACCUUUCGAAUGCAAAAUAUGUGAUAAGUUAUUAUCGGGUUUGGGUCAAUACAAGGUGCAUGUCGCUUCUCAUGAUGGUUCACUGCCAUUUAAAUGCCAUCUCUGUGGACAUGGAUUUCAGUUAGCAUCUAAUUUAACUGUACACUUACGGAGGCACGUGCAUGAUUACACGUAUAAUUGUGAGGUGUGCAAUAAGCCCUGCGCCACAACGACCGAAUUGAAAAUUCAUAUGCGUUCGCACACAGGUGAAAAGCCCUUCGUUUGUUAUAUUUGUGGGCAAAAGGCUCGAACAUCUUCCCAACUUUUGGUGCAUACGCUGCGUCACCAGAAUCGACCGCGUCACAAAUGUAAACUGUGUCCUAAAACAUUUUAUGAAACAGGAACAUUAAACGAGCACAUGAGUAUUCAUCGGAAUAUCAGAGACAAAAUAUGCGAGAUAUGCGAUAAAGGUUUCACUAGCAAUAAACAAUUACGCCAGCAUCAGCUUAUCCAUAACGUUGAGAAAAAGUAUGCCUGCAAAUUUUGUGAAAAGCGCUUUGCUCAAUAUGCUGGCCUCAGUGGGCAUAUGAAAACGCAUGGCACAAAAUUAUCUGCGAGCGUUCCUGACAAUUUUUUAUAGGACUAAACAUUUAUGCGCUUAAAAACUCUACUAAAUAUGUAUAAGUAUAAACUAGUAUUAGUUUUCAAAAAAUUUAAAUUGAUUAUGUAUCACAAUUCUUUCUACCGUUUUUAAUAUAAUAUAAUAAUUUUCACAAUAGUUGGGUCGUAAUAGGAACGAUUGACAGAUUUUAAUCCGGCAAAGCGCUGUAGAUUCGGUAAUGUUCUCAAAAAUGAUUCGAAGAAUGUUUUCUGCCGCUACAACAAGUAGUAAGUUAGUAAAGAGUUUUUUCUGGAUAUGUAAAGUUUUGCGUUUCACUAAAAUAGGUUUGACCAAAUAUUUAACCUCAGAAUCACACGACAACAAUAUCAAUAAGAAUUACAACAAUAUUAUAUAAGAAAAAAUAUGUCCUUCGAUUUUUUUUAGUGCUCCGUCAGGAUCGUGAAGGA